AUGGCUAGACCCGGCCGCACUGCCGCCGCCUCUUCGGUCCCGGGAAAAGUACUCGCCGGUUGGGGGAACCUUCUCAAGAUCCUCCCGACAGGAGCUGUCUUCGUGUUUCAGUUCGUCAAUCCUGUUUUAACCAGCAACGGCCAGUGCGACAUUAUAAUUCGCAAGGCCCUCGACCUUGUGUUCAUUGGCCUUUGUGUCUUUUUUUGUGUUUUCGCUUGCUUCACGGAUAGUUACAGAGACAAUCAUGGCGCGGUUCAUUUCGGUGUAGCCACGUUUACCGGCCUCUGGCCACAGCCGAUUUCGGAUUCCAUCGACUCGUUUAAAUACAGGCUGAGGGUCGGUGACUUCGUUCAUGCAUUUUUCUCGGCCAUGGUGUUUACAGCUUUUUCUCUGUUGGAUUCCAACACCGUGAAGUGUUUGUAUCCGACUUUGGAGUCGGCCGACAGUGCUUUGGUCAUGGUCUUGCCGCCGGUCCUGGGAGUGAUUACGGGCGUCAUUUUCAUAGUGUUUCCGUACACUCGACACGGUAUGGGCUACCCUCCAAUUCUGGCGGACAAAGAGGACAACUCUUAGAUUCCUUUGGCCAUUGAUGA